UCCCGGUGAAUUUUAAACAACGCGAGUAGUUAAACGAUACGGUAAAACAGGGCGACGUUUCAUUGCAACGUUAUUAUCAACGUGUCCCAUGAGAAUAAUUUUACAACGUGGAUUAAAACGAAAAGAAACGUGGCCGGUGGCGUGUUAGCGUCGUGGGUAUUGGGAUCGGUAGUUACGUCAGUGCUGCGGUACGUAGCGGUGGUUUAGGGAGCGUCGAAACGGAGAGAAAAGGACCGAACGGGGCGAUCGAUGCAUUGAGGCGCCAGGCCCCUGAGCUCAGCCCCGUUUCGUUUCCAUCACCCUUACCCCGGUAUGCCCUGCAGCAAAGCUGCCCUCCGGGCUUUUCUCUUUACUGUGCAGUUGCGCGUCAACCUUUUCACGGUGUAGUGCUGCAUUCGGUCACUGGACUUCUCUCCGCCUCUCGGUAUAAACGUUACCCACUCGUACGAGGCUCUCUCUCUCUCAUUCUCUGUUGUGACACACGACACGAUCGUCGUCGAUCAUCUCUCUCGCCGCGAAGUGCGCGAUACGCUCUGGGGGGCGAGAAAGAAACGGAAAAGGAAUCGCUCGCGUGACCGAAUUCUCAUUUCUUAUGCGUUCAGGUACAAGUCGACUUCGGUGGCGAUGUUGAUUAAUUAACAGUGUCGUGCUCGUUGUUGGAAUUAUGUCGGCUGUCGUCGUCGUCGUCGUCGUCGUCCGGGAUCACGGUUUGGGUUUCGACGUGCUUGAACCAGUUUCCGGGCACAUGAUCCCCCGAGUGUAGAACUUUGAUUCGGUGUCAUCGAUUCCAGGCUUGCUGUUGUGAUGUUCGUUUCACUGACAGACGAUUAUGGAGAUAGCUGAUGCUGGAGGUGGUCAGAAGCGACUUCGUGUAACUGCUCUAGUUCCAUUCAUACUUCUGUUCGGUUGGACGGACCGCGUGUCAGCUGGCGAUUGCGGUCUGGCCGAGUUAACUUGCCGGGAUGGGCAUUGUGUGCCGAUUGACGCGUACUGCAACGGACGAGAUGAUUGCGGGGAUAACAGUGACGAGCCGACGAUGUGCACACCCUGUAAUCGGACGUAUCACGGACGGGAAGGACGCACGUACAAAUUGGAUCUUCCGAGACCGAGCGAGGAACGGCUGCCAUUUCUUUGUCAUUUAACGUUCACCGCUGCUGGCCACGGUUACGGCGAGCUGGUGCAACUGUUGUGGGACGCGUUCAGCGUCGGCAGAGUGGAUCCGAAUACCGACAGCUUCGUCACUAGCUGCCCGGAGGGAUCGUUGCAGCUGGCGGAGCUCGGCAGACACUUCACCGGUGGCUCGUGGUGCGGCGUCGGCGAGGGGAAGGCGUCUUACUACAGCGAGACGAGCACCGUCACCGCGUCCAUACGGCUGUUUCACGCGCCGUCCAGCGUCCCGUUCGAGUUUCGUCUGAGGUACAGGUUCGUGGCGCGUAACGAGGCGGUGGCCCGGCUGGGCAAGCCCGAGUUACCGAUCGAGCGGGGCUCGCCGGUGCCGGGCACUUACUGCUCGAGGAACUUCUACGAGUGCCACCUGAAGCAGUGCAGGCUGCAGAGCCCUAACUAUCCCGGCGAGUACCCGAGGAACGCCAGCUGCUCGAUAACCAUAAGGCAGAAAGAGGUGCCCACCUGUAAGCACGCGAUGAUCUCGGUGAAGUCAACGCCGGGCGGCCCGGUCGGCGUCACCACCGCCAACACCACACUGAGCGUCUGGCAAGACUGCCCGCCGGAGAAGGACCAUCUUAUCUUCCGAGACGGCGUCAGGCCAGAGGAUCUCGUGCUGUUGGUAUACUGCGGUGGGCCACUGCCAAGAAUCACUGCCAGGGGGCCGACGAUGCAGGUGGAGUUCCGAAGCUCGCCGAUCGCCAUUCCCCUCGGCGCCUCCGCCCUCAGGCUCGAGCUCGAGAUACAGGUGGUUUACGUGGACUCGGACGGCCUCGAGUACGCCAAGGGGCCCCAGGGCUGCCACUUCUUCGUCAACGGUACCAACAAACGCAGCGGCGUGCUGAGAGCGCCGCUCCACGCGCUGCCGCCCAACUCCAGCUGCACGUGGAACAUCAAGGGUUCAGCCGGCGACCGUGUGUGGAUCUACUUCUCGUCGUACUCGCAGCGAGACCUGACCGGCACCGUCGAGAGCAACGCCAGCUCACAGUCCGAUGUGCCGUGCGCGAUCAAGCUGAUAUUCUGGGACGGCACGCCGGCCACCGGCCUCCCGAUGGCCACGCUCUGCGACGACACGCCCAAGCUCUGUGCACACGCGGCACUCAGGAACGUCACCAGGAGCACCAGGCCGUGCACGCAGGACGAGAGCUACAUCACCGUCACGCCGUCGCUGACGUUACGGAUGGAAACGUUGCUGGGCACCGCGCUUCACACGGUGAACUUUAACGCACAGUACGAGUUUAUAUCGACCACUCAAGUCGGCGAGCCAUGGGGUGACGGAGCCUGCAGCAGAGUGUGGCGCAAAGUUCGUAGCGGCGAGGUGACGUCGCCGCGCGACGUACGCCUGUUUGGUAGGGGCGGCUCGCAAAAAUUGGACUGCAGAUACCGUAUCGAGGCGAACGCGGACGAGAGGGUGCGGCUGACGUUGCACAACGUCAGCCUCGGCGAGUCGACCGUGUGCACGAGCGAGCCAGAUCCCCACACCGGCCGACCACGUUGUGUUCAAGAAGUGGGCUCGCGAGAAGCUCGUUUAGUUUUGUACGAGGCGCCCUGGCGGGACGUCAAGCUUCCGAGAGCCUGUUUAUGUGAUAACACGUCGCAUCUUCCAUUGACGCACAUCUCCUCGAGCACCGCGCUGGAGAUCACGUUCCUCGUCGACCAGCAAACACCCCACGAGGACUUCGAGACUCUCUUCUUCUACGCCAGCUUCGAGCUCGUCAGAGCGCGCGAGUGCCCCAGGAAACAGAGAGUGCGCGGCGAAGGUGGCGAAUUACGGUUCGUUGCUCCACCUUUGUCGAGACCAGACAUUUACUGCGAAGGACUUCCAUGGUUGGUGGAGGCGCGCGAGAACCGAUCGCUCUUCGUUUUAACCUGGGGCUGGUUCCUGCCCCUGGAGCCCACACCGAUAACGGAAAUGAACGAGCAGAGCAAGUGUCCAACGACCAACAGGAUCCUCCUCUACUCCGGUUGGCCGCCGAAGCUUUUGAAAGUGGUGUGCCCCGCCGAGCCAGGCGCGCGAGAGUUCACCGUUCACGUCUUCUCCGAGGAGUGGCUCGGGGGCACCGACGAGGGUAAAUGGCCAGGUCCGCCGCGACCGCCGGCGCUUUUGCUGGACUUCAUCGCGAGGGAGUCUGGCCAGGCUGCUGCCUCGUGGCUGGAGAUCUCGAAGAGCAGAGCCGCGCUACGCAGGCAGCUACGUCUACCCGAGAGAGGCGUGGAGAACGAGACGUCGACGCACGGCGACUGCCCCCAUAAAUGUCCCGAGCUGAGCGCCUGCAUUGCCGCGAGCCUCUGGUGCGACGGGAGGGCUAACUGCCCGUCCGGGCACGACGAGGCGAACUGCGGCAACGGGGCGAAGUUACUUGGGUUACUGCCUUCGGAAAUGUGGCUAGUACUAGCUGGUGUCUCUGGGAUUAUCGCUGCCUUUGCGUGCUUCUUCGUGGUGCUGAUUAGCAGGUCAAAAGCGCGUACAAAAAGACUUCAUUACAAGGGUACAAAGAAAAGCAAUAGGCCGAGGCGAGCGCCGACCGAGGAGACAUUACUGGGGGCAGCAUCCUGACAGCAGCAGCCCGGUUUCGUGGAGUACAUCCACGUGGACCGGGAGACAACCGUCUAGCAAUAUUUCUCUGUGCUUUACCGUCCACUAACUUAACACUAUCCCCAGGCAUCGUGAACCAAAAUGUUCAAGUAACUCAUUCCUUUCUUUUUUUUUUUAUUUAUUUUCGAGUUACGUGUUAUUUGACUCGUUUACUCGAUAAACAUUUCCGACCGUUGCUUAAUUGUAACUGUUAUCAAUAUGUACUCGUUUGUUUCGCAUGUUUUUAGUAUUCUACGUUGCGUAUAACUUAUAUAUAUAUAAACGUCUUGCCAGGAUCGAACAGCGCGACACCCAUAGGGAGAGACGCGAAACCAUACUGCCGUGAUCUCCGUUUCUUUCAAGGGAGCUCCAUUUCAAUUUUAAACGAUAGAGUGAAUUAUAUCACUUCGUUGUAACGGGCAGUUAGAGCGAUAGCAAUAGCGAUAUCGGUGUUCCCAUUCGUGCAAUAUGGGCGUGCGACAACGUGGAAAGUGAUGAAUGGUAAUACUCGAGUCAAGUUGCGGCAACUGAUCUUUUUGCAAGAGGCUAGAAGAGGCUAAUUAAUUGAAAUACCAAAGAGCCAAAGAGCUAAGUUACGUUGUGACAUUUCAUUCACUGACACACGAUGUUUUAUAAACCAGAGAGAAAGAGAGAGAGAGAGAGAGAGAGAGAGAGAAAGAGAGAGAGAUAGUAAAUGCAAUUAAUAUAAUAUACAGGAAUAAAUCUAUAAUUUAAAAGAUAUCACACAUAUUGCUCAAAAGAUAUUGUAACUGCCAAAAAGAAAAAAAAAAGAUAUUUUAAUUUCGAUUAGCUGAUAUACUACAUUUUUAGCAGCAAUAGAAAAGAAAAAAAGAAAAAAAAAAAAAAAGAAGUAAUAGAAGAAGUAUUCUGAACGCAGAGGAGGAUAACUUUUUUAUAUUUCAACGUAGGGGAAGCAAGUUCAAUUUAAAAGAAAAAAAAGAAAAGAAAGAAAAAAAAAGACGAGAAGAUCGAAAUUGAUUACAUAAUCAUAGUUACAUCUAUCGACGAUGCCAAAGAGUUGAUUUUAACGUGUUCAAUAUUUAUAUUUCUCUUAAGAUUUUCAAAUAUAUUUUUAUGACUUUUGCUCAGAUGUUUAAUUAUAUAUAUUUUAAACGAGUUGUCAUUGGAAAUUUAAAAAAAAAAAAAAUGAAAAAAGAAAAAAAAAAGAGGGAGGGAGAAAAUGUAGAAAUGUAGAAAUACUUGUUUGACUUGCAAAGCUUAUUGAAAUUUUGCUGAAACAAAAGUGGUCGACGUUGAUAAUAUCGAUAUCUGUUAUUCUUCAUUUGCUGAAUACAAGAUACACUAUAAAAGUACUAUACUUAUAAGGGAACAAUUGUAGGUGAAGUUCCAGCGCACAAGAGAUUGUGAGAAAAACGAAGGAAAUAAAAAGAAUUAGCUAAAGUUUACAAUAUUA